AUGACACGAUUCACAGUUUUCCAACAGGUAAGUGGCGUCACUCAAACUACCGCUGUCGAACUGUCAACUAUCAUGCCUCGUCAUGACAGUUCAAUACUUGAAGAAGAAGACACGAUCGCUGGCGAUCGUGUCUUCUUCUUCUUCUUCCUCUUCUUCUUCUUCUUCUUCUUCUUCUUCUUCUUCCUCUUCUUCUUCUUCUUCUUCUUCUUCUUCUUCAAGACUGCUUCCUGGGACUCGCCUUUUCGCCUCUACUGA